CAACAGAUGCAUUUUCAGGAGAUCUGUGCUAGGAGGCUUGGAUCAGGCUUCGAAAUUACAUGCAUGGUAUGGGAUUCAACAUCCUCCGAAACGACUACGCGGAUUGCAGUGGGAACAAGGGACAAGAUAGUUCAAGUCCUCAUUCUCAACACAAACUCGCAGCUGCAGGCUGUGUUUUCAGUGCGACUUGAUAACACAGUGCCCAAGUCUGUAGCAUUUGCAGACAAUGGAUGUGUCUAUGUCUUCGGACUGUAUGAUUGGAACUUCAUCAAACUGAAAGGUGAUGAUGGCACAGUGGUGAAGGAAUAUAGCUGCCAAUCAGUUAUUGGACAUGCAGCAGUCAACCAGAAGAGGAGCGUCUUCAUGGUGGACAAUGCUACCGACGGUUUUACUUUAUAUCAACUUGAAGGUGACAAGGAACCAGUUCGAACACUUAUGACCGCUGCUCCAAGUGUGUCUGUCCCCAAGCAGGUGGCAUUCGCCGCACAAGGAAAACUGAUCGUCAGGGGGAGUGAUCAUGGAUUGGUGUAUGUAUUCGAGAGGAAAUCAGGGAAGUUAUUCGAGACUCUUUGUCACUCCAAUAUGGGCUUGGUGCAGACAAUAGCAGUAGGUGUCAAAUUAUUCAAAGGGUAG